CGUCGUUUCUCAUAAACCAUAAUGUAUCGUACGUGCUAAUUAUUUCUGCGUUAUUUAUCUUUAAUAACAACAAUUUGUAUAAAUAAUACAUCUUGCGUAUGCCGCAACAUCGAAGGAACGCUUAUAGCGAACGCGUUUCUAUGCGCGAUCUGCGGGCGAUAAUACAAUUUUGAUAUACAUAAAUAAUACGCGGAAGUAUCCGUCUGUGUGUGCGGUAUAUCCUUAUCUGUACGAAUAUUAUACUUUUUGGCACUUACUAAUUAAUCGAAACCUGUAUGGGCCAUCUUAAGCAUUAGACGAAUGAGACGAUCUCGUCGAAACGGGACGGGAGAUCCCAGAAUCCCCCCUUUCUCCUCCUUCAUUUCCAUCUGUUUUUCAUGAAUUCGGCUUUAUCCGAAAUGACUCUAGGUAAACGAUCUUUCUCAGAAUGUCCGGGAUAGUUCAAUACGUGGUGGUGCGGGGAGAUCUUUCAAAGACGAUGAAGUGGCCAUUGGGCGCCGUGAUUGCCCAGGCGUGUCACGCGUGCACCGCCGUUACACAUCUCUUUUAUAAUGACGCCCACACGCAGGCCUAUCUCGCUGAUUUAGACAAUAUGCACAAGGUCGUCCUCGAAGCCGCCGAUGAAGCCGAUCUGCAGACGCUGUGUUCGAAAUUGAAGGAGGACGACAUUCAGCACAAGCUGUGGAUAGAACAGCCCGAGAACGUCGCGACGUGUUUGGUAACGAAACCCUAUCCGAAGGACAAGGUGCAAUCGUAUUUCAAGAAAUACAAACUGCUUAAAUUGUGACAGCAAAAUGGUAAAUGAUAAUAAAUAUCGCUACGAU